GCCCCGUCUCGCCCCCGUCACCAGGCGAUGCUGCGGCCAAGAUGGCGCCGGGCGUCGAGUGAGCGCGAGUGGGGAUWGAGGCUCCUCUCCCGGCGCUCUCCCCACCCCGGGCAGGGCGGGCGCAGGGAUGAAGCGCGUUCCUGGUCCCGGCAGGUCGUUGUGAGGGGCGCGGGCAGGCAGACACCAUGGCGGGGAUUAUCAAGAAGCAGAUCCUGAAGCAUCUCUCCAGCGAUUCCAGCUGGCUCUGGUGGAGAUUGGUUUGCUGUGAAUAUCCUUACUACCAAAAUGAGUACCAGAAGCUUCUCAGAACCUGUGGCAACUGACCACUUGCUUUCACCAGGAGUAGGGGCCUUAUGUCUGAAUACCUUGCCCUCAGAUUCACCAAAAAUCUGUCACCUGACAAGAUCAACCUGAGCACGUUGAAGGGGGAAGGUCAGCUGACCAACUUGGAGCUGGAUCAAGAGGUGCUUCAGAACAUGCUGGAUCUUCCAACAUGGCUGGCUAUAAACAAGGUGUUUUGUAAUAAAGCAUCCAUUAGGAUACCAUGGACAAAAUUGAAAACACAUCCCAUCUCUUUGUCCUUGGAUAAAGUUGUAAUGGAAAUGAGCACAUGUGAAGAGCCCCGUGCCCCUAAUGGACCCUCUCCUAUAGCAACUGCAUCUGGACAGAGUGAAUAUGGCUUUGCUGAAAAAGUAGUAGAAGGCAUUUCAGUUUCYGUGAACUCCAUUAUAAUAAGGAUUGGUGCAAAAGCCUUUAAUGCUUCGUUUGAACUUUCCCAGCUGAGAAUAUAUAGUGUAAAUGCAAACUGGGAACAUGCUGACCUUAGAUUUACCAGAAUACAAGAAGCUCAACGUGGAGAGGUUUUGACCUUUAAAGAAAUCAACUGGCAGAUGAUCAGAAUAGAAGCAGAUGCAAUCCAGAGUUCUAAGCAUGAAAUCAUGAGUGCUCCAGUUCGACUGAUUACUAACCAAUCAAAAAUUAGGGUCACGCUUAAAAGAAGGUUAAAAGAUUGUAAUGUAGUGGCAUCCAAACUGGUUCUGAUUCUGGAUGAUUUGCUGUGGGUUUUGACUGAUUCCCAAUUGAAAGCCAUGGUGCAGUAUGCCAAAUCUCUUAGUGAAGCUAUAGAAAAAUCAGCAGAACAGAGGAAAAGCUUGGCUUCUGAAACAGCCCAGAGCUCUGCCCCUGUGCCCAGCUCCCAGCAGGUGAAAGCGCACCAGACAACAGCAGCACCUGAUCAAAAUGAUGCAAUAGUAAAAUUGUUCAAUGAUUUUGAUGUCAAGGAAACUUCUUAUCACUUAGUAAUUUCCCAUUUGGAYCUACAUAUAUGUGAUGAUAUCCAUUCUAAAGAAAAAGACCCAAACAGACGUGUUACAGGAGGGGCCAUGCAGCUUUCCUUCAGCUAUUUAACAGUGGACUAUUAYCCAUUUCACAAAGCAGGAGACAGCUGUGAUCACUGGAUGCAUUAUAGUGAUGCCACAAAAGCCAGAAGUGGAUGGGCCGAAGAAUUACUAAAUGAAUUCAAAAGCAAUGUUGAAUUGCUUAAGCAGGCUGUGAAGGAUCAGGUCAUAGAUUCUCCUCCCAAAUCACCGCCUGCUGUAUCUCCUCAGAACCUUCAAACAGGCAAGGAACAGAUACCGAAAGGAACAUCUAGGGCUUCCUCUGUAUCUUCCCAACAACCAAAGGGCAAACUGAUGUCUAGUCCUAUUGUGGUUAGACUUGCAGAUUUCAAUAUAUAUCAGGUUUCGACAGCAGACCAGUGUCGGUCUUCCCCUAAAGCUCUGAUCUCUUGCAAUAAAAAGUCACUUUACCUUCCACCAGAAAUGCCAGCUAUUCAUAUUGAAUUCACUGAAUAUUACUACCCAGAUGGAAAGGACUUUCCUAUUCCAUGUCCAAAUUUGUAUGGCCAGCUGAACGCUUUACAGUUCACCCUGGAUGAGAGAAGUAUUCUUUGGCUGAAUCAGUUUGUGUUGGAUUUGAAACAGAGYCUUAUUCAGUUCAUGGCCAUGUACAAGUUAAAUGACAAUUCAAAAUCAGAUGAACAUGUUGAUGUUAGAGUGGAUGGACUAAUGUUAAAGAUCAUAAUUCCGUUUGAAAACAAACCUGAAAUUCAUAAAGAUCAACCUCGUGCACUUUCCAUUCAAAGUUCAGAGAUGAUUGCUACGAAUAACAGAUGCUCACCAAACUGCAGACACUCUGAUUUAGAAGCUUUGUUUCAGAAAUUCAAGGACUCCGAAUUUUUCAGUAGAACUUUCACCACUUUUCCUAAAUCCCCUAAAAAUUUUAAUCUUUUGCAUCCAAUCUUCCAGAGACAUGCGCAUGAACAAGAUACUAAAAUGCAUGAUGUUUAUAAAGGUUAUAUCAUCCCAGAGUUGAAUAAAUAUGCUUUAAAGACAUCUGCAGCUACUGAUGUUUGGGCAGUGCAUUUUUCCCAGUUUUGGAUAGAUUAUGAAGGGACAAAAAGUGAGAAAGGCCGACCAGUUAGCUUUGUGGACGCAUUCCCGCUUUCACUUUGGAUUUGCCAGCCAGUAAGAUUUGCAAAAUCACAAAAAGAACUUUUAUCACAUAAUCAGCCAGCCUUGAACAUUCCAAAAAGUGAAUCUAGUGAUCUCUCCAAUAGAUUGCAACGUAAGAAACUUCUGAAGGAGUAUUACAGCAGUGAGGCAGAGCCCUUGACUAAUGGCAUCCAACUGUCUGAGACUUCAGGAGUGCUUUCUGAAAGCUCUUCUGAUGCAGAUGUACAUGUUCUUGUCCAUGUUCAAAAACAUGUCAGUGUGCAGAUCAAUCACUACCAGUAUCUUUUUUUGCUGUUUCUCCAUGAAUCUCUUGUAUUGCUCCUGGAAAACUUAAGGAAUGACGUAGAGGCAGUGACAGGAAAACCUGCGAAGCAAACAGAUAUCUGCAUUGGGAUCCUACUGAAAAGUGCAGAAGUAGCCUUACUGCUUCAUCCAGUGUCUCAGGGAAACCCUUGUAAGUCUCCUGUUGAGGAAGAAGGAAGUCCCACUGCAUCAGAACUCUCUCCUGUGGGAAAUGGGGAAGCUCUUACUUCAGAGAGUAAAUUAGUUGGUAGUAAGAUAACAGAAGCUGGUAUGACUAAUUUUGAUUAUGUAAAUGACUGCAAGCCUCUGAAUGCUGAAGUUAAUAAAGGGAUUUUAAUAGAUCCUCUUUUGUUUAAAUCAGACAGUAAUAUGGAUUUUCAGAAAGGAAUGUCAUUUUCAGAUGAUGCAUCAGAUAAAGGUUUGGGAGAUACAAGUGAAGGAGGAAGCAGUGGACUUUUUAGUAGAAGUGAUUCAGAGGAGGUCUGUGGAACUCUGAGUGAGAAAAGUAGCUUGAAUCCUAGGGAUUUGGUGUCCAUUCUAAAUAAGAGAGAAGAUUCUACUGAAUUUUUCAUUGACAAAGAGGAUGACAGAAACAUAUUCUCAAAYAAGUUAAAUGAACAGGAAGGCACAACUGAAGGCUGUCCUAACCAAGUCUGUGACUUGGAAACAGAAACUGCCUUAGAAUCUGAAGAGCUUGAAAUCAACAAAGACAAAGUGACUUCAKUUAAAAUGUUUGCAUCCCAGUCUUCAUCAAGUGCUAAGCCCAAGGAACGCUGCUUGUCCAACCUCCCUGCAUUCUCUGUUUCUUACAAAAAUAUGAAGAGAAGUCCAUCACAAGUCUCUUUGGAUACCAUCUCUAUUGAUAGUAUGAUGCUGGAGGAUCAUUUCAUAGAGAGCGAUGGAAGUGAUAGUCAAAGCUUUCUGGAAAAAGGUAUUACAGCCAUCAACUAUCAAAGCCCAUCAGAAAAUGYCCACGAAGGAAGCACAGUGAUUGAGACUUGCGAUGGGUCAUCUCCAGAUGCCAUGAGUGCUGCUUCAGAAAAUGCCCGUGAGACUAGUGAAGAAAUGAUGUCUGUUGUGGUUUUUCAAGUAUUUGGUGUUAAUGGUGAAAUUGACAUCAGAGGAGAUGACACAGAAAUAUGUCUACAGGUCAACCAAGUGAUACCAAACCAACUGGGAAAUAUUGGYGUUCGACAAUAUCUGUGUAACAGAACUGUUGCAGGUUCUGACUGUAAAUCUGUGGCUGGACCUGUUAAUUCAUCACCUGAGAUUAGUCUGAGAUGGGAAAGUGGGCCUAGUGCUGCWGUACAUUCCCUGCUAGCUGUAAAAAAUGGAUUUCUUCAGUGUCAUGUGGAGAACUUCAGUGCUGAAUUUCUAACAUCUUCUCUCACAAACAUUCAGCAUUUUCUAGAAGAUGAAACUGUCGCAGAAGUGAUGCCUAUGAAGAUAAAAGUUUCKAAUGCAAGGAUUAAUUUAAAAGAUGACAGUCCACGUGAAAAUCUMAAGGUAUCUGAGCUGGUGCCCAUAAAACUGCAUAUUGACAUACUGUGGAUAGAAAGAAAUGAUGAUGGCACUUUUCUCAUUAGAGACACUCAAAAAGUAAAUGAUGUGUCAAAGAUGAAGAACUCAAGCAGUACAUUGGAGCAAGCAGUGGGRUGUGUUGAACGCAAAACACAGGACCAAGCCACGCAGACUACUUGUGAAACUCCCAGACCUUCUAAAUCAAGCCGGGAUUCAGCUGACUUCCUUAAAAAUGAGCUUAUUGAAGAAAACGAAUGUCUCAAACAGGAACUAGCCAAAGCCAAAAUGGCUCUUGCUGAGGUCCAAAUGGAAAAAGAUGCCCUGCUUCAUCGCUUGAAGAAGAUGAAUGUUGAUUAUCAGUAGGACAGUGUACUGUUGGUGCAAAGCAUCAUCAUCAUAACUGGUGGUGGUGGCACCUAAAAUACCAUCUGCAAAUCACUUGAAAAUGUGGGGGGUUUUGCUUACAAAGUUUUCUCAACAAAAAAAAAGGUUGUGAACCAGGCACUAUGCUGAAAUGAUUCUUUAACAUAGUUUUUUGUGCCCAUUUUAAACUGAAUGACUUUGGAAAAAUCAGUUUAUACUGUACUUUAUUAAUUUACUAUAAAAAAAAACAUAUCAUCUACUUUUAAUAUUAUGAAAGGAAAUGUUAUUUUUAAAAUGUUUUCUGAAAAGUGGAUGGUUCAGCAAUGAAAGAAGGUGCCUGGGUGUAUAAUAAGGUACAUGUACCACGCCUCACUAAAAAUCUGUACCUCUCUUUGUUAAGGUUAUGUUGUUUGAUUGUUACCAGAAGGUAUCUUAACAAGAGGUUACAUUUGCACUAUGAUGGUACAGGCUAGAUCCUCUAGAAUAGUAUAGCUACUGAAAAUUUAAAUACCAGCCCUAAACUGACCCUAAAUUCAGUGUAAUUUGCCCCGAGGGGAUUUUUAAGUAUAAUCCUCUGGUGCUAUAGAGUCCCAUAUAUCCUUUCCGUAUGCACUCCUAAACUAACACAGUAAAUGCUGGAGAAUUUAAGAGGGCAUACUACAGGGCUUUCCUUCUCCUGAAGGUCCACUGUAUCUGUACAGUUGAUGUAAUUUAAACAUUCACUUUAUUUUUCCUCUCUCUGUGAAGAGGAUCUGGCCCUUUGUGACAGGUGAGCUUUGAGCCAUUUUGCAUGCAUGUCUGAUUUCUGCACAACUCAUCAGACAUGCCCAAGCAUUUGGUUCAAUGUGUUUAAAUAUGUAAUGUCAGUGCUUGUGAGGGGGAAAACAUCCUACUGGGAUUUGUUAGUUGUAUAUUGCUUUUUUUUGACAAAAAAGCUGUAGAGAAUCAAUUACCCAAUGAAAUUGUGAGAUUACAUGAAAUGUAAUUAUACAGUUUAAAUUAUGGGUGAUUUGUACAAAUUGAACAAUAAUUUUCAGCUAAAAACUGGUACMGAUGAAUAAGUUAAAAAGCACAACACUGUAUAAUAGAGAAUAUAAGAGUGUGCUUCUAAACAAUUCAGGAAACUACAUACAAAACCGUACAUGCCUGUAAGAGAUUGUCUUUGCUAAAGGUAAAACUGACUGAAUAAUUUAACUAGUGACCUUGAAUCUGACAAAUGAAAAAUCUUUURAUUGCUACCACAAUUGUUUCUGCACCAUGGGUUGUUGGAGGGAAGUUCAGUUUGUAGAUAAGCAAACAAAUCUCAAAAAGUAUUUAGUAUCCUGUGGUUUGACUUUGCAUAUUCAGGUUGUCAAACUAUUUUUAAUUAAAAUGGUUUUCAUUAAAACUUAUUGGAGGACACAUAAUUUGCACUGCUGAAAAUAGUUAUUGAAAGUGUGUAGAUGUUAAUCAAGAACUCUGUCAAAGAAAUGGUUCAGGCACUAUUUUAAAGCCUGCCUUAUGAAACCCUACUUGAAACUCUUAAUGCCCAUGGAAAUUUUUUUUAUUCUGAAUUGGAUGAAAAAGUAUACACACAAUGUUUCUGUUACAGAAACGAAAUAUUUCUAUUGUUACAGCUAUUUAAGACAACACAGUAUUAAAUAUGAGUGGUGCAAUUUCACAUAAAUGUCAGAUUCAGGGGAGGAGUUCUCCAUUGGUUUAAUUCUGGUUGCUACUAUUAAAGUAAUUCUUAUUUGGUUAUCCUUGCCAAGAUCUAGUAAGAAUUAUUCUAAAGAAAGGAAUGUAUAGAGUGCUUAGUAGCAUGUUGCUAGAAUAUUACAUUGAGAAUUGUCUAAUUUUUAAAAAGAAAUAAAUAGCAAUAUCAAAUGCCUGUCUUUAUUACUGCAUAGGCUAAAACCAGCUUUUUUUGAGAAAAACCAAAUGCAAACCAAACCCAAAAUAAUACCCAAACCAGCCCUUCUCAGCACAGUUGCUGAAAUUCAGGGUAUCACUUCCUAUCAUUUUAUUAUUAACUGAAUGUAUUUUUUCUUCGUGGCCAUUUUAUAGUAAAAGGAGCAUUAUCUGUGGAUAAUUCUGAGSAGAUGGGUGUGAUUGGUUGUGAGCUUGGCAACACCGAGAGUGGUAGUACUGUGUCAUUCUGGAGUGUGUUUCGCUAUUGAAAGAAAAUUGAGAGGGAGAGAAUUUAUUACUGUUUGAAAGUACAAAGUUAAACUAAGCUCUAAUAGCUUACACUAAGCAUAGUUAUGAAAAGCAUCAGAAUUUUUUAAAAAAAGGCUUAAUUCAUCCUCAGGGCUCUGCUAGUGUUCAUAAACUAGACAGGAAGUUUGUACUAUCAGUGGAGCUUCUUGCUUUUAUUCUGCAAAGAACUAAAUGGAAGAUAAUUUUGAGAACUUCAGUAUAUACAGAAAAUUGACUCCAGGAGUCCAAUAAGAAAACUGUUAYCGUGUUUUAUUUUACAUUUUCUGUGGAAAUUUAAACUGUUCUAGAGUUUAGCCUAACACAUAGUCUUGUUCAGAUGAAAUSGUUCGGUGUCUAAUGAAGGUUUUAUGUCAGCUCACCAUAAAGAUGGUGUGCCCUUUCYCUGGCUUGGUCACUGAAUCAUUCUGGCAUGUGCUGUCCAGUUCUCACUGCAGCUCUAACUUUGUUGGUAAGCACCAGGUUUAAAUCACAAUUCUGCAGCCUUACAAUACUACUUACAAAAGGCCUGUUGGAGAGGGAGUUUUGUAGAGAUUGUACGUGUUCUCUGACAUCCCUGCUCUGGCCCCUUCUGCCUAAAUCCUUUAUUUCCCAGUUCCAUUAGCCAUGUCUGUUUGUGCAUUGUCUCCAUUACUGAAUUACUUGGAAGUCUUAAACUGGCAUCAUAGGUGAUCUCUAAAGGAUAACUGCUAGCUGCAGAAAACUUCCUAUGUCUGCCAUGAUACUUACCUUUAUUCAAAAUCAUUUUAUAAUAAAUGUAAGGAGAAUGUGCUAAUAAAGGACAAAUAUUUGUAUCAAGCAUCUACAAUUCCAAGAGUACAAAAUGUUUGUAAGUAUUGCAGAAGCAAGCUUCCUGUAGUGAUGAGAUUUCAGGUAAGUAAUGAUGGACAAAAUGGUUUCUAUAUAAAAAGUGUGCUUGCAUUGCUCUAAUUUUUAAAACAUUCAUCACAAAAUGCUUUAAGUAGAUUUUCUGCUCACUGUUGCCAUUUGCAUAUUUUAGAGAGUACUUCAGAUUCCAGUUAAACGGUUGAUAUAAAUGAAUGUCUACCUAUUGURGGAACAGAACAUCACCUUGCUAGUAUGUUAAGGAAAUUGUGAGCACUUGCUGUGAAAUCCACUAAUUCACCCCUCCCAGUAGGAAAAUGAGUUUUUUGACAGCCCUGCAAUACAACCUUAUCUUUUUUUAAUUCCAACUUAACUUACUUACCUUUUGCUGACUAGCUUUUGAAUAGCAGCCCAUUUCCUGUGCCUCAGCAAACACACAUGUCAUAGUGAGCCCAGUGGCAGGCUUUGUAGUGCUGAAGCACAGCUCUCGUCUGAGGCUAACGCGUGGCUUCCAGUGGUGCAGCACCAAGCAGCGUGCUCAGCUCACUGCUGAGGUCUCUGGCAGUGCACCUCCUCAUCUUAGUAACAACAGGAAACCUGAGGACUAGCAACACAAAGAUCAUGCUGAUCUCCAUGAAGGGAUGCAAAAUUUGUAUAGCAAUAGUGGAGGAACAAAGCUUUGUUUCUCAAUAAAAUUAAGGAAAAGCAUAAAAAUUGCUGGUAAAUAGAAGCUGUGCAGUUACAGUUGUUACAGUUUUUGGUAUUUUUAGCAUGCUUACAUUAAAACUUAAUUGAAAUUGUUCUGAUUUUAAAGUUUAUGAAAGAUGUUUUUGAAUACUUUAAAGAACAUUUUUGCAACUUGCAGCUUCUCAAAUAUUACAGAAUGUCUUGCAAGUGUCACACUGCUUGCUAGCUGAAACAAGUUGCAGGAAUUAAAUCUUWAAAAAUCAACUAGACUUUUGAUAGCCUGUGUUUCUCCCAAAAUAACGGGUAACUUCUGCAUCCCAAAGAGACAAAUCUUUCAUGUUGCCACCUACUUAAAAUGGGUAGAUAGUAACUUUUUUAAAGGCCAUUUUUUUGUUUGGUCUGCCAUUGCCYAAGCCACUCCUAAGCAGUUUCAUGAAAGUAUCUGUACCUUAUUAUUUCUUCACUAUMUCCUGGCUUUCUUUUUGUUGCCAUCACUUACUUUAGUAUGAGUGGAAGUGGCAUAAAUGUAUUUCCUAAAGCUUUGCACCAUGCAAACUCAGUAUUAAAUCUUACGUUGUCUUGAGAAUCUCGGAGAGCAUUGUUUUGGAARUAAAAAUAAGAUGUACUUAUGCUGUAUCUUCUGUGAGAGUAAGAUGGCAGUGUGUGGAGCAUAAUGCAUGAACUAGUUAAUGCAGUUUUCCUAGGACAGAGUGUGUUUGAAACCACCAUGAUUUAAUUUGAGUUAGAUAAUUGGUAAGUAUUUUAAAAAUUUGACAGAGACAUGAACGAAUGAGCACUUAAGAAGUGGUAGUCUGAGCCAGUAAGUGCUGAAUGAAGAGGCAGCCUCUAAGCAGCUUAUCUGUGGAACAAAUCUGCAAACCYCGAUACACCACUGCCACAGAAGGUGCAACUGUAAGAAAUAACCUCUGUCAGUGUAAUUACUUUGUUCUAGUACUAUGGAGAUUUUGAGCAGUGGAAAAUACUUUUCUAAGGAGAAUUAUCACCUUGCAGUUUAUGACGGUGAAUGUUUUAGCAGUAAGAAAAGCCGUGCUUGGCUGUGAAUUUUUCAGUGGAGGUUGUUGGUAUAAACCCGCACUGAGCUCACCCCUCUGAGCAGCGCUGCCGCCGCCAGGUGGCGAURCGGGAGCCACUCCCGGGGGGACGGGCGGGACAGGCGUCAGCACGCUGAGAAGUGUCACCGUACAACUGGAGCUUUCAUAGACUUCUCAUGACCAAUUUCAUAAUGUGACUUUAAAUCAGGAGGGUUUUUCCAAAUUUAGAUAGCUUGGCUUUGUUUCUACUGCCUUCUUUAUAGCAUAUGUUUUCCUCUUUAAGUAAAUCACAUUAACUGCCUGAAGAGUGUCAGAAGAAAGAUUUUCUUUCCCUUUUUAGCUUUCUUUCUUGUACACAUUGUCCCUUUUCUGGUAAAAUGUUUGCCACAUUUGUUGUGCUUCAUCAUUAUCUCUUAAAAAGUGUAGAAUAAAUUUUUCCAGUUUUCCUAUCAUUAUAUAGAUUAAAAACUCCACCUUGGUAUCAACAAUUUAUUUAUUAUUGCUAACUAGAUAAAGCCCUCAUUUUUAAUAAAAGAAGCAUAAGGAGGUUUCCUGUGUAUCUUUGAGAAUAACCAAAUAUAAUCCUUAACAAAUGCUUACCUUACCCACCUUUGCCAGAUGGYAAUCUAAUAUGACAUUUUAUAUUAACACUGUAGUGUGUGGUAAGUGAUUUGGAGUUACUUAUUUUUAUAUCCUGUUGGGCUAUUCAGAAACUUUCAGGCAGAAUGACUAAGCAGAGUCAUUUAUUUAUAUAAAAUUUACUGUAGGAAUGGGGUCGCUUUAUUUUUGUCAAAUAGAGAAAAUAGCUUAGAAAGCAGCUGUCUCUUGAUUCCUCUGGAAUCUUAAUGUAGUUUUUUCCUUCCACUUAUUUUUUAAUUCUAUUUCCAUCAAGAGGCUGCAACUCAGGAUAGCUACAAUGGAGAGUUUUCUAAGGUGUCAUCCUGCAGUGCCACAUACUAGAACAUGUUGCAAAACAUGACAAUAUACUGGAUACCAGCACAAUCACUGCUGCUUACCUGAACUGAGUUUGAUGUAGAAAUUAGGCUUCUCUGCUCAAACUUAGCCAGAAGAUAGCAAGAAGACUCCUUGAAAAAUCACUUCCUUCUAAAACAUGAGAUUUGCUAUUUCUGUAAAAUU